GGGCUCUUCGGGGCUGCUCUCCUUGCUCCGCUCCCGGGGAGGGAAGCCAGGCCCCCGAAGCCCCUCAGCGCCUCUCUUCGCCGCUCUCUGCGUCCGUUGGCGGCGGCCGUUGAGGACCGAACCAAGUGGGCCCUGCAUUGAGGGGGAAGGGGGCAGCCCUGCUCCCAAACCCCGGCCUUUGGGGCUCCUGAAAGGGCUGUGUCACUUGCCUAGGUUGCGCUCUUAAUAUUCGGAGCCUCUCUGGGAGAAAAGCAGGAUGCAGAUAAAUAUAAUAUAAUAAAAGGAAUCCUUCAGAAUGGCACAGUUCAAGCGCCAAAAGCAACUGAGAGCCAGCAAUCUUCAGGGAGCCCGGUCGUUCUCAGGAACCCAGCCAGCCUCUUUACUGGGACCAGCACCUGGCCUAUUAAAUCCUCCUAUCUCAGCAGAUAUCAUUCAGGCGGCACGUCAUCUCCAGGGGGGAGAGAAGCAACGAGUUUUUACUGGUAUUGUCACCAGUCUCCACGAUUACUUUGGAGUGGUGGAUGAUGAAGUUUUCUUCCAGUUAAGUAUUGUCAAAGGUCGUAUUCCACAGAUUGGUGAAAAAGUCCUGGUGAAAGCUGUUUAUAAUCCUAACCAGUCAGUGCCAUGGAAUGCCUUGAAGGUCCAAACAUUGUCAAAUCAGCCUCUUCUGAAGCCCCCCACGCCUCUGCUCCAUGUGGCUUCUUUGGGACAGAAGCAAGGCAUCUUGGGAGCCCAGCCUCAGCUGCUGUUUCAGCCUCACCGAAUCCCACCACUCUUUCCACAGAAGCCAAUGAGCCUCUUCCAGACAUCUCCGUCACUCCACUUGGGGCAUCUUGGGAGAUAUGCUGGUCGGGGUCCAAAAGGCAGGCAAGACACAGGCAGAUGGGAUGAUUUUGAUUCCAAGAAGCGGAAGCAGAAGGGGAAUGAGCCAUGGGGAGUGAAAAAGCCACGGCAUGAGCCACCCCAGUACCGGGUCCAAUUGGCUUGUUAUUCUCUGAACAGCCCCUUCUGUGAUGCAAUGGAAAUCUUAAGGCGUUACUGUAGUAUCCAGUUACCCAAGGAGUUCUAUGAUGUCCGUCUCUCCUGGUUGGAUACCUUCCCGCUCACCCAGCCUUUGACCCUUCGGCACCCUAGCCGUAUCCAGCUGGCCAGUCCUGCUGAAGAAGCACCUCAGGCUGAUGAGAGCCCCACGCAGGAUUCUCAGCCAGAGGACACCAACUCAGCUUUCAGUGCUAAGGUCUUGCUUUUGUCUUCUCCGGGCAUAGAAGAAUUCUACCGCAAUUGCUUGCUAUAUAUUGACGAUCCCAGUGACCAGAGGGAGAGUCCUGAACACCCAGCAAAACAAAUUAAGUUCUUGCUGGGAAAGAAAGCAGAUGAAGCGGUGCUGAUAGGAGGAGAGUGGUCCCCAUCUCUGGAUGGUCCUGAUCCGGCAACAAACCCCAUGGUUUUGAUUCGCACAGCCAUUCGUUGCACGAAGGCGCAGAUAGGUUUGGACUUGACCGGCUGCACAAAAUGGUUCCGGUUUGCUGAGUUCAGAUAUCUAUGUGAGGGAAACCCAUCACACCAAGAGAAGACUGUGGUCUUCCUGCCAGAUAUCUGGAGCUGUAUGCCAUCUCUUGAAGAAUGGGAAGCCUUAUACAAACAGAAAGCACAAAAGGCUCCUCCUCCUCCUCUGCCCCCAGAAGAGACAACAACAAUGGAUGAUGAAACUGAACAGUCCUCUGAACCAGGUCCUGAACAGGAGAUGGAAACCAGUGAACAGGAAGUAGACACAGCCGAACCUGCAUCUGAGCCAGGUGUUGAGACCUCCACAGCUGAACCAGAGGCCCCAGCUCCUCCCCUAGAACCUGCCAUUGUUGCUUAUCCACCACCAGCUUUGCCAGGUGGUCAGCCUAGCUGCACCAACCUAUCUCUUUAUACCCUUCUGGAGUAUAGAAGGCAGCGAGAGAAGCUCUCUUUUGAGGUGGCAGUGGUGACAGAGUUCUUCCAGGAGAUGCUUCAACGGGAUUUUGGCUACAAGCUCUACAAAGCAUUACUGGCCCUGCCAGAGAAGGAGGAACCACUGGAGGCAAAGAAUACUGAGGCUGAGAAAGCAACAGAAUCAGAGAAGGAAGCUGAAAGUGAGCUCAGAGAUGAGCCUCUUGAGAAACCUGAGGCAGAGGAAGCAACAGAGAGUAACCAGAAGGAAUCCCAGAAGGAGGAGGCUGGAGAUGCUGAGAAGAAGCCAGCAGGUCAGGAUGGAUCAAAUUCAGCCAAGGAAGAGAAGGUCAGUGAGAAUGUUAAAUCAGAGCCAAAGGAUUCUACAGAUGACCUCUGUGACCUGAGCCUGGAGGAUGACCUACUGCUGCUAAGAGAUGAAGAGGAGGAAGAUUUUGGUGUCAAACUGGAAGAUGCUGAAGUGAGAUCGGUGGCAUCCAAUCAAUCAGAGAUGGAGUUCUCCUCACUUCAUGAUGUGUCCAGAGGGCUGGACCCAAGUGCCGUGUUACCGUUGGAUGCCCUUCUUGCCUUCAUUUACUUUGACUUGAAUUGCUGCGGUUACCUGCAUAGGAAGGAUAUGGAAAAACUCCUUCUCACCUUGGGCCUGCAUCUCUGCAAAGAACAGGUGAAGCGCUUGGUGAACAGGGUGGUGACGCAGUUCGUGUGCCGCUACCGCAACCUCCACUACAGCCGGCAGGAAGGGACUGAGCCAGGCCCUGAGGAGGAGCCAUUAGGGAACCUCACACUACUGCCUUCAUCCUCUUCUGCUUCCAAGGUUCCUGCCAAGUCUGUUACAGAAUCUCAGUCUGGUAACCUGGUUUUGUACAAUGGGGCUGUCCUCAAUGUAGGCAAACUGCUGGAAAAAGCAGAGCAGACAGAAAGUAGUCGUCUCUAUCUGGAGAACAAAAUCCACACACUGGAGCUCAAACUGGAAGAGACCCAGCUUCGUUUCUCAGCAACAGAGACUUCCAACAAGUCCCUAACAUUGGAGGUGCAAGAGCUUCAGAAGCGCCUUGCUGAGAUGGAGGAGCAGUCAAAAGUGAAUGAGAGGCAAAAAAACAAUUUUCAGAGGCUGCUGCAAGAGAAUAAGAAGCGUUUGACUCCACUGCAACUGGAAAUCCAGAAGAUCAUUGAGAAGACCAAUAACUGCUUAGAAAAGAAGGAUCCAGCACCAACGGCAGUUUCCAGCAAUUGACAUUCCCUGGAAGAGCAGCUCAGAAGGAAAGAUCUACAGUAUGUCCUGGUUUGAUAUUUUGGGCUGUGGAUUAAGUGGUUGGGUGAAGCCUUUGAAUCCUUCAACCCUUUCACUACCAUCUCAAGGGCCAGAGCUGGGUUUUGUGCUAAACUUCCACUGUCACCACAGCCGCCACCAACACCACCACCUCAGGCUUGGGGAAGGGGCGCUGGGAUUCACAGUUCAUGUGCUGGAGCCACCAUUAUUGUUAAAAGGAUGCCCAUUAGGUAGGAAUUUUGAUGGUCUAUUGUGUAAGUGGAGAAACUGCAGUUUAGGUAUUCUCAGGCUGUCUGCUAGCAAGCAACAGAAGGAAGACUUGAACCCAGCACUGAGCCUGAUGAUGUUUUAAAUGGACAACAGGUGCCAAGUGCUCCAAAGAGGCAUGGCCUUCCUCUUUGGGUUGCAUGGAGACUUCCCCCACCUCCUCAAUCCUGCGUCCUCCAUUUCUUUUCUCCAAGCUUUUCUAACCUCAAGCUUUUGCUCAAGGAGAUGGCAUUGUGCCUGCCUUUUGAUUAGAAGGGGGUUUGGGAAGGCUGCAAAGGAAAACAACCAACUAAGCAGGACUGUAAACAUCAGAAUCAAUACAGUAGGUCCUGCCUGUGCCCUCUUUGGAAUGUGCAUUCCAUGCUGCAGGCUAGUUUAUGGCCGGUGCUGUGGUAUGUAUCAGUUUACACCUUCACAUAUCCAGUACAGCAUUUUGGCCCUUUCAGGAAAAUACCAUUUUGUUCUGUCUUGGCCAGUCUCAAAUCACUCAUUUGCCAGAUGUAGCUUUAAUGGCUCAGCCACCUGCUGUGUGUUUUGCUAGCCUUCAAAUUUAAGUGAAAAUCUUGGCCAUUGGGUGUGGGUUUUGAGGGCCUUGGUCCUUAGUAGUAAGGUGGCUAGGAUACAUUUACCUUCCAUUUUGGGGAAGUAGCAGAAUCUGCUGGAGGGCUGCGAUAGGUAGCCCCUUGGGUCCCUGUGGUAGUUUUUAGUGGAAUAGCUGGUGGGCUUUUGCAAAAGCAGUGGUUGGCCUUGGGCCUUCAUGCAGUAUGUAUUGGUUGCAUCUGCCCUGGUCACCUGCUCUCCCACCUCAGGUGGUCUGUCACUUCUGGAUGUGUUGCUUUUAGUCUGUAAAUGUGGUAACAACUUGUAUUUAACUGGCCAGGUUCCCUUUUAUAAAAGUAUCUUCCUCAACUGGAAA